AAACUUGACGGAAUUUUUUAUACAAUAUUAGUAUUCAAACGCGAUUUUCUCGAAAACAAUUGACCAGAAAUAUCAUCAAUACAAAUUUAAUGCAACUAUAGAAUACAAGUUCUUUUGAUUUGAUUGUUUGUGUUAUUCGACCAAUUUUAUUUAAAAAUCUACAUCAGAUGCGUAUUAAGAAGUCUCCUCAAGUACAAAAAUUCUGAGAAGAACGCUGAAUCGACAAAUUUAAUGAGUUGUUUCUGAUAAUUGAAAAUAUUGUGAUUAGCUUUGAAUGGUUUUGUGUAAAAGAAAAGAGCUUAUAGCCAGAGCUUAUAAUUGAUUGUAUAUUACCGUUUGUCUAACAAACUGAUAGUUUGGACAAUGUUUUUCUGGACACCUUUAGUUUUAAAAAAGCAAUGUGCAUUAUUUUUACUAAUAGUAACAAUGGUUAUGAAUUUCAAUUGCGCGAAUGGACAAAUAGUCAACGAGCUAACAGAAUAUUCUGGUCGAAAAAUGGACAACAAUAGUUCGAGAACACAGACACCACCGACAACACCAUCGAAAACACCAUCGACCACACCACCGACAACACCAUCGAAAACACCACCGACAACACCAUCGACAACACCACCGACAACAUUAUCGACCACACCACCGACAACAUUAUCGACCACAUUAUCGACCACAUUAUCGACCACAUUAUCGACCACAUUAUCGACCACAUUAUCGACAACACCAUCGACAACACCACCGACAACACCAUCGACCACACCACCGACAACACCAUCGACAAGACCACCGACAACACCAUCGACCACACCACCGACAACAUUAUCGACCACAUUAUCGACCACAUUAUCGACCACAUUAUCGACCACAUUAUCGACAACACCAUCGAUAACACCACCGACAACACCAUCGACCACACCACUGACAACACCAUCGACAACACCACCGACAACACCAUCGACCACAUUAUCGACAACACCAUCGACAACACCACCGACAACACCAUCGAAAACACCACCGACAACACCAUCGACCACACCACCGACAACACCAUCGACAACACCACUGACAACACCAUCGAAAACACCACCGACAACACCAUCGACCACACCACCGACAACAUUAUCGACCACAUUAUCGACAACACCAUCGACAACACCACCGACAACACCAUCGAAAACACCACCGACAACACCAUCGACCACACCACCGACAACACCAUCGACCAUUAUCGACCACAUUAUCGACAACACCAUCGACAACACCACCGACAACACCAUCGAAAACACCACCGACAACACCAUCGACCACACCACCGACAACACCAUCGACCACACCACCGACAACACCAUCGACAACACCACCGACAACAUCAUCGAAAACACCACCGACAACACCAUCGAAAACACCACCGACAACAUUAUCGACCACAUUAUCGACAACACCAUCGACAACACCACCGACAACACCAUCGAAAACACCACCGACAACACCAUCAAAACACCAUCGACCACAUUAUCGACAACACCACCGACAACACCAUCGACCACAUUAUCGACAACACCAUCGACAACACCACCGACAACACCAUCGACCACAUUAUCGACAACACCAUCGACAACACCACCGACAACACCAUCGACCACACCACCGACAACACCAUCGACAACACCACCGACAACACCAUCGAAAACACCACCGACAACACCAUCGACCACAUUAUCGACAACACCAUCGACAACACCACCGACAACACCAUCGAAAACACCACCGACAACACCAUCGACCACACCACCGACAACUCCAUCGACAACACCACUGACAACACCAUCGAAAACACCACCGACAACACCAUCGACCACACCACCGACAACAUUAUCGACCACAUCAUCGACAACACCAUCGACAACACCACCGACAACACCAUCGAAAACACCACCGACAACACCAUCGAAAACACCACCGACAACACCACUGAUAACACCAUCGACAACGACAAAGACAUCACCAGAAUAUUCUGAUCGAGAAAUAGACAACAUCAAAUCGAAAACGACGUCAUUAUCAAAUGUCACACAAAUUAACCAAGAUGAGAUAUUAGAGAUAACGGCACCAACGAGUUCUCGUAGUAAAAUGAAUCAACAUGUAUCACCAGGUACUAUUAUGUAUCGAUCAAAUUCGAAUCUCAUUAAUAGUUCAUCAUCUGCGACUUAUGAAAACUUUAAUCUAUCUAAAAAAAAUAUGUCUCAACAAAUCACAGGCUCGCAAAAUACAAGUAAUCAACCAUUAGCUAUCGAAAAAGCGCAUUCACAAAUCCCCUUAGAAGUGAAACGGGCAGUUUUUAAUGAUGUCGUUCGUCAGUACUUUUCACUCGCUUUGGCUAAGAAAAGUAAAAACAAAAACAAAAAUAAAGAAUCGACGAGUUUUCAAAUAGACGAAACCGCUUAAAUCUCCAUAUCGACCAAUGAAACGAUGUGAGUCGUGGUUAUAAAGUCCAACAAAUUCAAAUUCGCGAAUCUUCAAUUCUUUGUAUGUUUGGUCAAAAUGUUACUGAACUCGACUAAAUUGGUGUAAAUUAAAUCAUUAUAUCAUAGAAUGAAGAUGAUCAGUUGAUUUGAUUUCAAUCAUAAAACUAAAUUUUUCAGGUACGAUAAUAUACUGAACCAGUUAACUAGCUAAUAAAUAUAAAUAACAUAAUAAAAGUUCAAGGUCGUUUUUUAAUUUAAA